AUGAUCUCAGCGACGACCCCAUCCACUUCGGCUACGUUGACUGCUCCGGAUUCUUCUCCUCGAGCAAAGAAACCAUGCGUGCAGACUAGCAUAGAACAGCCCACGGAGGUCCUUACAUGGCUCCUAGAAGCAGAAGAAGAAUUGAGCCUUCUGGAAGAAGUGAAUGAAAAUGAUCUACCUGUAGUUCGCAAGCAGUUCAAAGAUUUUGAAAACUUCAUGUCAUCACUUACGGAAAGUCAGGAUACGGUGGGAAGAGUAUUGCAUAGAGGCCAACUUCUUUGCGGAAAAUCUGAGACCGAUGAGGAACGGGCAGCGAUCGAGGGUCAACUGCGCGUGGUGAAUGGUCGUUGGGAAGAGCUACGAGAACUAGCCAUGCAUCGCCAGAAUGCCCUACAAUUCACCCUGAAUCGAUUACAAAAUCAGCAACUAUCAACGAUUGAUAAAUGGCUAAAUGGAGUAGAAUCUGAGAUGGCAUCGUGUGAGCCGUUAGCUGAAACAGCAGAAGCUGCAAUUCGCCAAAUUGAUGAUCAUACCAAGUUGCAGGCUAAAAUCCACGCUUUUCAAGACACCAUCAAUGACCUUAGCUCGUUUGUUGCUGUGGUAGGUUUCUGCACCUCGUGCUUAUAUAUUUUUUGUAGCUGGAACGCAGUUGGUUAG